AUGGUUGCCCCCUCCUACCUAAAAACCUUGCACCCUCUUCAAGCCUUCUCUUUUAAAUCACCAUCUUCUACCUUAAGCUCCAUGAAGAUCAAAACUGUAAUUCACAACCUCAUCUAUGCUCAAGUUUGUCGUCUCAUUCGAGCAUUUUCCAAAGCAAAAUCCAUUGUCAUUCAAGUUUAUAAAGAAAACAAGCCCAUACAAUAUUUCAUUUCCAACUCCAAGAAUACAAAAAAGAAUUACAAGCAUAAGAAGCUAUUCUUUGGUUCAUUUAGGCUACACUAUAAUUGGUGCUCUUCUCAUGUUACACCAGUUCCAGCUCCAGUUCUGGAAGGGUGUACUGCAACUCAUUUGUACUAUGAUUCAACCUGGAAUUCAGUUAUUUCAACUGAGCAAUAUGAUAAGGAUACUGUGGAGGCUGAGCUUUCAGCUUACCUUGAAUGGCUAGAAGAAAGGAAGGUUAAUGGCAAUUCUACUGCUGAGACAGAUAUAAAUGAGAUUGAUAGGCUAGCAGAAAUGUUUAUAGCCAAUUGCCAUGAAAAGUUUAGGUUGGAGAAGCAGGAGUCUUACAGGAGAUUCCAGGAAAUGAUGGCUAGAAGCAUUUGAAGGUUUUUCUUAAUUAUUAGCUAUUAAUUUCCUUUUUUUUUUUUUUUGCUUUCCCAA